UUUUUUAUAUAUGUUCAAUGCAAAUUAAUUCUGCUCGGUCAGUUCAACGUUUUAUAUUAAUAUUUAACUUUACCCAAGUUCUUCCAGGUUUUUAAAAUCGUCCAAAUAAGCACCUAAGUAUUUUACAUAUUUACACAUUGAAGUAAAGAUUACGUAAAGAAGAAGAUGUCAAAUAUUUAAUUUAUUUUGUGCAAAAUUUUUAUAAACUUGUUCAAAAUUUGUGAAUAAGUUGCAUCAUUUGGUUGUGUCUCCCUCUUUUUUUACUCAACGUUGAGUAAAUGUUACUUAUUUUAAUUUUACUGCAUAAUUACGUAAUUAAUAAUUAGCCUCUUAAAUACCAGUACCAGCCACCAUUUACGAGGAAAUUAGUCAAUUCCAACCAAAUAUUUGUAACAGAAGUAUUUAUUUACACACUAAAAAACGAUGAAAGUUAAAAAACCCUUAAUUUUAGUGUCAAUCUUCGCUUCCUCAUUACUCAUUUUAUCCAUUCCAUUCUGGAUUUUCGACACGGAUAACAACACUCCAAUCGUGCCUAGAUGCGAUUUGAACUCUUUUGUGCAGUCUGAAACCGAGAAAAGUAACCAGACCGGGGAAAAUUUGGACUACCCCGAAUUUUUGCGGGUUUACGGAAGACUUACGAAAUUCUUUAACAAGACGGGAAAUCACGCGAAUUUUUCAAAUUUCAACGAACUCAUCCCUUAUCUCGUGUACAACGCGACAUUUUACGACGUUAUGCCCCUGAGUGCAAUUGUUUUUUACCUCCAGUGCAUAAAUAAUUCGAAGGAAGAGGGCAUCUUUUCGGUAAAAAUGGACGAGUUGUACCCGGAAUUUUUUCCUUUACUGUACAACAAUCCAAAAUUGAGGGAAAACGGGACAUUCAAAUAUUAUCGGAGUAUCGCGAAACGAGGCGACCUGUAUUUUCUCCUCCUCGUCGUCAAUUCCAGCGUCCAGGUCGUCUUUGGGACCAUUAUCGCAAUUACGUAUCUCCUUCUGUGGGAGCGCCACUCCCUCCACGGCCACCUCCAGUUGUGCUACGUCCUUUCCGAAGCUGGCUACAGGACUGGGAAACUUAUCCAGCUCAUCUUUUUAGUGAAAAGUGGGGCAAGAAAUAGCACAUAUAACGUCAAGUAUUUGGAGCAUUGUGCAAAAAUUGACGCACUUUCCGAUUACACCUCCCUCUCACGACACGUCUGGCUAACUGUUUUGGUGUUCCACUUGUGGAAAGCGUUCGGUAGAGGGAUCACACUCCCGAAAAAUGGAAAAUCCAAAUUUGGCAAAUAUUUCGCUUUCGCCCUUCUAUCGCCAGCCGUGUUCACCUGUGCGAAAUUCAUGCUACAAAUUUUGCUAUGGGGGUACGAUUGCAACGGACUUGAACGGAACGAAUCGACAUUUACAAUCUUACACAACACCCGUUCCAUACUUCUCUUCGCCUGCAACCUGUUUUUUGUCCUUUGCUGCUACCGGAAGUCGAAAGUGAUGCAAAAGGAGGGAGAAUUUGCGCAGGAAAACGUAAUCUGUAAGCGGGAUGGCAGCAGUAGACUUCGCCUCUACAUCAAGCUUCUCCUCGUCCUGUUUGGUUUCCAGUUUUGCCUCCCACUAAUUAGCGAGGUCCUUGACAUGGUUAACCUCAGUCCAGGCCGGGACGAAACUUAUGUUUCACUAAUUCUCAAUAAUGUCGCCAUCUGUCACAGCUUUUUCUUAUUUUUUGUCCUAAUCCGCCACAGACAGACGAAAGUUGGGCUAAAACAAGUGGUCGUUCUGGAAAAGGGAAAUCUUACAAAAAGCGCGGAUUUACUAUUUGAGAGUGUGUUAAGUGGAAAGGUGGCGUUGAUUAUACUCCAGCAUGUUAAGUGUGCAUGGUACCUGGUCAAGAUUCGAAUAGUUUUUGCCUUUCUAAAAUUAACAAUUGUUUGUAGAAAAAUUACUUGUAAGGAAAGGUUGUGUUGACCGUUUUUCUAACGGCCUCGGGUGGAUAAAAUUUUACAGAAGUUUUGCCUGAAAUAUGAAAAAAACUCUAAAAAUUGUCAAAUGCUCAAUUCUAAAUCGUAUGAAAUUGAUGUAUGUAUAGAGUGAAGAAAACGCAUUAAUAAAUAUGAUGGUAAUAAGAUGUGUUAACCCAUUA